AUGCCAAGUCGACAAUUAUCUAACAUUGAAAGGUAUUUUUACAACAGGAGAAAACUUGGGUUACACUCAUGUUUCUACUUAGCGGUGAAAUUUAACCGCCAAAUUGACGACAAUCAUUUAAGCUACGCCUUGAAAGAGACAAUUAAUGAAUUUCCGCAAUUGCAUUCUAAUGUAUUCAAUGAUGAAACAUUUGAAAGGAUAGAACCGAUAACAGUGACCAUCCAUUUCAAAGAUGUGGUAUCUUUCCUUGAAGAAGAGGAACUCUCUGAAGACUUAAUUAAUAAAAUAUUCAAAACAGUAAAAUUCAAUUACAAUGAACACGAAGUUCUAUGGAGACUACUUGUACUGAAGAAUAGAUGCACGUUUAUACUUUGUGUGGAUCAUGUGCUAUUUGAUGGUAUGUCGACAGUCAAAUUUUGGGAAAAAUUCAUCGGAGCACUUAACAAUGAUGAACCAAAAGACGAUGAUAAGAUUCUCCAUUUUCAUUCGAGCAUUGUGCCCAAUUUACCCCCACAUCCAUAUGACCUGAUACCCAUAUCAUUUAAGUGGAUACUAAUCCGAUGGCUGAUUCGCAUAAUUUUAGCUCUUGGAAUGUUCCCUUACCGUCAGGAGAUAUCAGGGAAACAAUUUCGUUUACCAGGCUACAGUUUUCCCAGUGGACUUUUCGAAAGAAAUUGCAACACGCAAACUAUUAGGAACGAUAACCGCCAGGUUAAACUACACAUCUGCAACAAUGGUUUGACUUUUUUGUUAAGCCAAUGCAAGAGACAUAAUGUUUCUCUCACCUCCAUGUUUGUUGCUACUAUCAUCUACUCUCUCAGAAGCAAUAGACCAGCAUCCGCCAGGGGCACCCUGUUAAAGAUUGAUUUGCCCAUGAACACUAGGGUGCAAAUGGAGAGGGAAUUGAAUUUGAAUUUAGCACAGUUAGACAUGGGCAAUUACAUAAAGAAUGGAGAAUUAACGUAUGAUUUGUCACAAACUGAAGGUAUUUGGAACAUUGCCAAGGAUAUCAAUGAGCAGAUCGAUGCCAAGAAAAACGAUUUUGAAUCAAUAAAUAUGAUCAAACUUUUAGAUUUUGCAGACAAUGAAAAGCUAAUUCGCGAAAAAACUAAAGCUAAGUACCCUGGUAGCACUUUUGAAGUAACAAAUUUGGGAUCGCAAUCUUUUCAAAGCUCUAUUGAUGAUAAGUUUUAUAUUGUUAAUGCAUUAUUCAAUGAACCCCAAAGCAUUAGCGAUAUAUUCACUUUCUCCUUAGUGUCAUCAUCUGUUGGAGGUCUGAACUGCUGUAUUAGCUGUCCGAAAGAUAUAUUCGAUGAACUAAAUCCUACCUUUAAUUAUAUGAAAGAGAUCUUGAAGGAAUACUCUUCCCCUGUAACUACUGAGUAG